CAGAAAUAUGCUAUGUUUUGUAGCGGUGCGAUCAUCGCUUAGCAUUCAUUCACACGUGUAUUCAUUAUGUGAACUGUACAUGACUUAUUCAUAAAUCAAACUUCUGGUGAGGAUCCACACACUGGCUCGUGGGAUCCGGUGUGGAGGAAGACUCGUGAAUGCAGGCUCUCUUAAGUAAGUGCAUUAACUCCGACAAGAAUUAACAGAAUUAAGCAUCACUCCUGGAGCUACUAAGCGGUUGGACUGGAACCAGAGCACACUCUAGGCCACGCCUGGGGAGACCACCCUGCGGACGAACAGAAGCUGACAAGACUGUUCCUCUAGUUCGCCAGCGCCUGAAAAGAACAACCUCAAACCGCCUUCACCCCGAGGAGAGCCCAAAGGCUACGGUUCAGUCCCGCCUCUACUUUCACUUCCGGCCUCGGGGCGGGGCUUCCGGCUGUCAGAGGCGAGGCUUCCGUCCACCUGGGCGGGGCUCCGGCGGUCAAGGGAGGCUGGCCCCAAAAGCUGCAUCGGCUGCGGCUCGGGAACUGUGGGGCGGACCAUGGCGGCGAACCUGAGCCGGAACGGGCCCGCGCUGCAAGAGGCCUACGUGCGGGUGGUCACCGAGAAGUCCCCGACCGACUGGGCUUUGUUUACCUACGAGGGCAAUAGCAAUGACAUUCGUGUGGCUGGCACAGGAGAAGGUGGUCUGGAGGAGCUGGUGGAAGAACUCAACAGUGGGAAGGUGAUGUAUGCCUUCUGCAGGGUGAAGGACCCCAACUCUGGCCUGCCCAAGUUUGUCCUCAUCAACUGGACAGGCGAGGGUGUGAAUGAUGUGCGGAAGGGAGCAUGCGCCAACCACGUCAGCACCAUGGCCAACUUCUUGAAGGGGGCCCAUGUGACCAUCAAUGCACGAGCAGAGGAGGAUGUGGAGCCUGAGUGCAUCAUGCAGAAGGUGGCCAAGGCCUCCGGGGCCAACUACAGCUUCCACAGGGAAAGCAGCCGCUUCCAGGAUGCAGGACCCCAGGCCCCAGUGGGUUCUGUGUACCAGAAGACCAAUGCCAUAUCUGAGAUCAAGAGAGUUGGAAAAGACAGCUUCUGGGCCAAAGCUGAGAAGGAGGAGGAGAACCGCCGGCUGGAGGAGAAGCGACGGGCUGAGGAGGAGCAGCGGCAGCUGGAAAAGGAACGCCGGGAGCGGGAGCUGCAGGAGGCUGCCCGCCGAGAGCAGCGCUACCAGGAGCAGCACAGAGAAACCAGCCCCUCAAGGACAGGUGAACAGCAGCAAGAAGUGGUUUCGAAGAACAGGGAGGAGCAGGUGUUUUCUGAUCAGCGGACUGCACACCCACGGGAGAUUUUCAAGCAGAAGGAGAGGGCCAUGUCUACCACCUCCAUCUCUAGCCCUCAGCCAGGCAAGCUGAGGAGCCCCUUCCUGCAGAAACAGCUCACCCAACCAGAGACCUCCUUUGGCAGAGAGCCAACUUCUGCUGUCUCAAGGCCCAGGGCAGAUGUCUGUGAGGAGCCAGCACCCAGCAUUCCUCCAAGUCUGGUGCAGGCAGAAGAGGAAGCCACGUACGAGGAGCCUCCAGAGCAAGAGCCCCUCUACGAGGAGCCCCCAAUGCAGGUCCAGCAGCAAGACACUGGCUCUGAGCACAUUGACCACUAUACACAGGGCCAGGGGCUUAGUGGGCAAGGGCUGUGUGCCCGGGCCUUGUACGACUACCAAGCAGCGGAUGACACUGAGAUCUCCUUUGAUCCUGAGAACCUCAUUACUGGCAUCGAGGUGAUCGACGAAGGCUGGUGGCGUGGCUAUGGACCCGAUGGCCACUUUGGCAUGUUCCCUGCCAACUACGUGGAGCUCAUUGAGUGAGGCUGAAGCCCAUCUUUCCCUUCCCCACCCAGAUGUGGCUUCCUUAUUGUUAAAAGAGAAGAUGCAAGAGUCAGUGUUUGGCACUUCCAAGAAUGGAACCACAAUGAGGAAAAGGCCUCAGGGCUCCUCUGGCUUGGGUGGUUCAGCCUCUGUCACCCCAGAUGCAGCAAUAACCCAGUGAUUCACAAACACACUUCCUGCAACUUCCCAGAUCCUUCCACUAGUGUGGCUCUUCACAUCUGUGGGACACUAAGCUAAGCCCCACCCAUAGUGAGCCCCCAGGUAAUCUCUGCCUGAAGAGAGUAAGUACUGCUAAGCCAGGUCUCUGAGCAGGAGCAUCUGGAGCAGCCUUCUGCAUUUGCCUCUUUCUUUCUCUCUGGCUUCUAAAGGAUGGUGGCUGUAACUAUUUAGAAUGACCUUUGGGAACAGUGAAUUUAGAGAAUUGCUUUUACCAGUCUAUGACCAAAGUCAGUGGACCAUGAUGAGUUUGACAGCAGGGAGUUAUUGUCUUACUGGAGCCUGCCUGGCCCCACUCCAUUUCUGUCCCUCUGUUUGGGCCUUGGGAAGUGGGGAUUGGGAUGACCAAGCUCCCAUUUCUGGGUAUGUGAAAAAUCAAAGACACGAUGUGUCCUUGCUGUCUCCCUGUUUUCUAUCCCAGCCUGUGUGUCUGAAGAACAAAUCCAAGAAUUGCAGUUUGGUACCCAGGCUCCCAGUUCUGGUCUGACCUGCUGUAGCUUGCUACUCCUAUGUGGAAACAAACCCCAACUGGAAGUCUGCAUCUGCUUUGUGUCUGGGAUGGAUGUGUUUGUGUGAGUGAAAAUGCACAUGCAUAUGCACGGUCCUAUCCUCAGACCUCAGUGACCAAUUAGUCAACUAGGAGAGGCAUAAAUGUUAGCAUGUGACUGAAGUUGGAGCCUGCCUGCAUUUUAGUUCCUCUGGGAAAGGCCAAGGCAGUGCAGCUCCCUACCAUAAGGAGUUUCUGCUAUAUGGCACAAUACACAUGGAGACCUGCUCAAUAACUGGGCAAUAAGGUCCUUGUGCCUAGGGGGUGCCCAAUGGCAUGCUUGUUUCUGGGCCUCACCUGCUGGCAGCCUAGGGUGAAGGCUGCAUGAGGAAAGCAGUGGUCAAGCCUGAUGUUCCCCAGUGCCAAUCCUUCCUGUCCCUUACUUAGGCUUCCUCCCAUUCUACUAUAAAGAUAGCAGGCCAUGGCAACCUUAUGAAUCUGGCCUGUUGUAAGCUGUGAGGCCCCAUGGGCUUGUCUGUGCUCACCAGGAGGUGGGGCUUAGAGAUAGUAGAGAACCACUUGUUCUCUAAAGGAAGCUUGCCAAGAAAUAUUGCCCUGUGCUUCCUUUGGGGAGGGCUGGGUCACUUAGGCUCCUYUCCCUAAAGUACCCUAAUUCAAGAACAUGGUUACCAAAUGGCUUUAAAGCUUGAGGGUUUCUUUGGAGUACAGGUAGUCACUGCCCUGGUUCAACCCCAAUAGCCAGGUCUGGGCACUAGGCUCCUGUCCCUGGGUGAUGUGGGCUCCAGGAAUAGCUGUACUGGUCCCU